UGGCUACAUGUCUUGGCGUCCAGAACUCACCUCCAACAUCGCAUCGCUGUGGCCCCGCCCGCUGCAACUUCACUCCCAGCUCACCAUCUCCCCAUUAUACCAUUUUCGAUAUCUACGGCUCCCCCUGAGCUGGUCAAGCCCCUGCUCCCCAACCCUGUUGCACUGUCUUGCUGUCAUUUUCUUCCUCCACAUUCGCCAGCCCACACAAUGUCCGAACGGACCACCCCGCCACCACGCACAACCCGCUCAUCGGCACCCACCACUCUGCCAGACGCAGAACAAAUCCGGCGAAAGGAAGAAGCCCGCCUCAAAGCCAAAGCCGCCGCCCAACAGCAUCAACGACCACCACAACAACAACAUCACUCCGCUUCCUCCUCCCACCUCCCCUCCCUCCCCUCUCUCGCCGGAACAAAACGUGCCUACACAAGCAUCUCCAGUUCCACCACCCCCGCCACCCUCCGCGACGCCUCCUCUCCCCAGAUCCCAAAGCGCGAUCGCAAUGGCUUCGUCGCCCCGUCCUCCGACUCUCUUCUGCAACCGGCCAAGAACUUCGCUCGGGCCGAAUACAUCGAAUAUGACUUCAGCAGGAUGACGGACACAAAGGGCGGCUUCCUCAGCACCGAGGACGAUCCGCACAACCGGGCCAUGUGGAGCGGAUCGGGAAGGGGGAGGGGGCCAGAAGAUGAGAAGCCAGAGGGCAUGACCAUGGCGGAGUGGGAGAGGGAGAGGUUGAGGAGGAAGUUGAGGGAGAAUAGGGCCGGGCCUUAUGAACCGGGCAUCUCGAUUUUGAAUGCCGCGGACGGGCGGGAGGAAGAGGAAAGGGAAGAGGCAGAUCGCCUCGCUUCUGCUGCGGAGGCGGCGGCGAACGCUGAUGCGGAUGCGGACGCGCAGCUGGCUUCAAGCUCUAAUUCCGCCUUCAAGGGCAAAUACGGCGACGGGAAACGCGAGAUCAAGGGCAAAUGCCGCGAAUGCGCCUCGCUGGAAAUCGACUGGAAAUGGCACGACGUCUUCGCCAUAAGCGUCUGCAAUGCCUGCAAGGACAAAUACCCGGACAAGUACUCGCUCCUCACCAAGACUGAGGCCCGCGAGGACUACCUCCUCACGGACCCGGAGCUCAAGGACGAGGCGUUGCUGCCCCACCUGGAACGCCCGAAUCCCCACAAGACCAACUGGAACAACAUGCAGCUCUUCCUGCGGCUGCAGGUCGAGGCGUAUGCGUUUUCGGAACGCAAGUGGGGGUCGCCCGAGGCCCUGGACGUCGAGUACGAAAAGAGGCAGAAGGUGGCCAAGGCCAGGAAGGAGAAGAAGUUCAAGAACAAGCUGGACGACCUGAAGAAGAAGACGCGCGUCGAGGCGUACAAGAGGGCUAAGUUGAUGGGGGACGCGGCCGCGGCGGUGCAGUUUGGCGACCGCAUCAGGGGCAUGGGCGAGAAGCAUGUCCACGAGUGGGGGAGAAGCGUGUUGGACCCGGAGACGGGAAUGUCGAAGAAACGGUGCGAGGAGUGUGGCAUGGAGAUUGAAGAGCUGGAAUUCUAGAUACAGGUGUGGAGAGUUUUUUGCAUUUAUGAUACCCCUGAGAAUAGCACCCCCAGACAACUCGGAUUUGACUCUGCAGUACAAGUUCGAGUAUGCAUCGCAAUAUCAUCUAUCUGGUACACAUGUCAACAAAAUAAAACCCAUUUACGAACACGGGCGGUGCCAUGCACCAAGUCCCAAUGGAGUGAAAAAAUGUCGGAAGACAUUGCAUGUACUCCUGCUCGAUCCACGACA